UGCUGCUGCUGGCCGCCCUGCUGGCCGCCGCCCUGCCAGACAUGCCAAGCAGACCUCUGAGAGUGCGAGCCCAGUCUCCAGAUGGCAAGUUACCUUUUCGGUGGAAACCGCCUUAUGGAGCAGGCUUCAGAGGUCCACGCAGCAGAUCCCAAGGUUAUCCCCGUGGAUAUGGAGAAAGCAGCCGAAGGAUGAGCUAUGCCCCGAUGCCACAAGAGCGACAAAACCAGGAAGCAAGAAAACUAGCCUCUGAAUCAGUUCACGUGGUUUCGCUGCCAUCAAGGAGCUCACAAGGACGGAGCCAACCUGUGUAUAGGUCAUCUUUAACUAAAAGAAAAGUCACAGAGGAGGAGGAGGUGGAGGUGGCACAAGACAUAACUGUUCGAGUUAUGUCCUCUCAGUCUGUGCUUGUUACUUGGACAGACCCACUGUAUGAAAAGAGGAAGGUUGCAGCAAAUAGGCAGUAUAAUGUUCGCUAUCGGGAAAAGGGGGAAUCGGCAAGGUGGGAUUACAAGCAGGUGUCCAACCGGCGGGCACUGGUGGAGAACCUAGUGCCAGACACUAUGUACGAGUUUGCCAUCCAAAUCUUGGAGGGAGAAAAGGAAGGCAAAUGGAGUGUGUCUGUUUACCAGCGGACCCCAGAGGCAGCUCCUGCCAGUGCACCUGAAAAUUUGGAUGUUUGGCCAUUAAAGGGGAAGCCAACCUCUGUAGCAGCAUCCUGGGAUGCUCUUCCAGAGAGCGAAGGAAAAGUCAAAGAAUACAUUCUUUCAUACGCCCCGGCUCUCAAGCCAUUUGGAGCAAAGUCCAUCACCUACUCUGGAGCUACAACAUCAGCCAUAAUAGACGGUCUGCAGGCUGGGGAGCGCUAUAUUUUCAAAAUUCGUGCAGCAAACAGGAGGGGACCGGGUCCUCAGUCAAAAGCCUUCAGUGUCGCCAUCCCAGCAGCUGCUCAGGAGGAUUCAGUCGCUCAGCAAAAGACAAAUAUUCAAAAUAAUUCAGAGGCUAAAAGGACUGGGAAUGCUAGCUUAUCUCCUCCUCAAAGUUCUUCUGUUUCUUCAAAAGCCCAGCUGUCACCUUCUUCUAAGCAGCUGUCUGUUCAUUCACCUGCUGUUAGUGAUAAAAAGAAUCUUCUUUCUGAAUAUAAGAAUAAAAUCUUGACUCGAGGGGUCCUAAGUAAAUCCCAGUUACCUUCUAGAAGGACAGGAGAGCUGGAACCUGACCUCCAAUCCACUGAGGUGACAGAUGAUAGCGAUUCCUCCCAGGAAGCUACAGCGUCACCGCCAAAAGCCCAGGACCAGAGAAGGAAUGUUAAACCCUUGUCCCCUAGUCGGCCAGUCUAUCCUGUCCUUGCCUCAGGGAGGACAUCUGUUCGAGCCCACACAUCUGAGAUGUCAAGCCAGACGAGCACAGAGAAACGUGAGCCACCAGCACUGUUACCAUCAUCAGUACAACAGUCUUCUGCCUCGUCCGUUCCCAGAUACACAGAUAAUGAAACAAAGCAAUUGAGGCAAAGCAACAACAAUGUGCCUUCUAAGACCUCUUCCCAUCCUCUGCCCUCCAGAAAUAAUGGCCUUGCGAGUAAUGUGGAAGCGAAGCCUGACCCCAUGCUGGUGAAAGUGUCUUCUAAAACUUCAGAGCCUGGUCACCAGGCCUUGCCAUCAAAUCGGCAGUCUGCUGUCUCUCAUGAGGGUGUCUUGGGCCAUCAAAGUAGGUCAGGCUCUCUAGGUCAUUCACAUCAAGCUGCUUCCAAAUCAACAGAUUCCCAUGCUCAUGACACCCAUAAUGAGUUUGACAGUGAAGAAGCAGAGGACAGAGCAAGACAGCCCAGUUCUAGGUCACAGCAAACAAGGCUAUCCUCAGGCUCCAGUUCCCACGCAUGGAAGGAUUCAAAAUCAGCUGUGGUGGCAGUCUCAUCAAGGUCUGCUGUUCCUGGUUACACUUCACCUCACUCUCGCUCCUCCACCAAUGCCAAAUCCAAGGGAAAGGAUGUUGAUAAGAAUUAUAGGGAAGACUCACAAGAUGAAAACCCCUUAUUUCCUUCUUUGCCCUCUUCCAGGCAGUCUUCUUCAGCAAUCUAUUCCAAGAGAAGAAAUCCUCAGGUCAAUUCCAAUUCUCACCCCAGAGACACACAUGGUGAAAAAUCACCCCACUCUGACUCAGAAGAACAACAAAGUCAAACAGCUGCUCCAGAAAAGCAUUCUCUUUUGCAGUCUUCUCUUUCCAAAUACAAACCUGAAGAGCAGGGCAAUCGAGAGGUAAAAGAAAUGCUUGCUCGCUCAAAACCAAGAGAAUUUUUGCCUAGAAAGACAUUAUCUUCUCAUCUUCCAGUGGAGAAGACCUCCCACUCAGAGCCUCCACAGAGGUCACAAACCAGUCCUUCCAUACUGCAUUCAAGGGGCCGGCGCCUCCCAUCUCACGUCUCAUCCCAAAGUAAUGAAGAAUUACAGGAAGAUGAUGAUGAGGAUGGAACAGAGGGCAGUGACAGAGCAAGCAGGCGCUCUGUGUUUCUUAAAGAGGUGUCCUCUUCUAGGGGAUUAUCUGCAUCUUUCUCUCAGGGAAGCUCAAGCUCAUCUCAAUCAAAGCAGCAGCAUCCAGGUUCUCAGGUACAUUCCAACAAACCAAAACAUACUGUGCCAGACUCCAGUUCUGCCAGUGAUACAGAAAAAGGCAACCACUAUAAUCAGAGGUUGUCACCCACUUCGAGACAAGCUCGUCCUUCACUACCUGCUCGCUCAGGAGCUGCUACAAGAACAGCGUCCCAAACAGAGAAAAAAUACGGCCUGUUACCCUCAAAACUGUCUAACACUGAACUUCCUCAAAAAGUUCCUUCCCCCUCUUCAUCUAAAUCUCAUCAGUCAGUUUCUAAUGAAGAAGAUGAUUAUUACAGUGAAUAUGACCAGAAAGAAAUGGAAGAGAAACCCACAUCUUUGGCAGCAAAACGGUCCCCUUCUCUUUCUAGAGGUAGCAAAAACGUAUAUGAAGACACUGCUAACAAUAAAAGAAAAUCUACGGACACUCUUCUACUUCACAAAGUAAGUUCUGAAGAAGAGAUGGGAAAACCUUCUAUAUUAAAAUUGUCUUCUCCAGAAUCACCAAGAAGCUCUGCCGUAGCAUCACAGAUUACUCAGUCCUCAAUCAAACAUACCCCAUCUAAACCAAACUUUGUCUGGCCACGUUCUUCUGCAUCUACCACCACACACACCAUUUCUCCAGCAGUUUCUUCCACUUCAUCUCCUCGUCAGCGACUACUGAACUCCAGGCUAGGAAGCCCUUCUCAGCGGCAAUUUGUUAGACCUCCUUAUAGAUCAGGUUAUAAUGGCAGACCAAAUCUUACAACAAAAAAUGGAAAUGGAAAAGUAAUCCCCGGUAAUAAUGGAAAACCAAGUGGACAGAAAGUAAUCAAUGGCCCUCAAGGAGCAAAGUGGAUUGUAGAUCUUGACCGAGGGCUAGUGUUAAAUGCUGAAGGAAAAUACCUUCAAGACUCCCAAGGCAACCCUCUCCGAGUGAAAUUAGGAGGGGAUGGACGUACAAUUGUUGAUGAAAAGGGCGCUCCAGUGGUGAGUCCUGAUGGACUGCCUUUGUUUGGACAUAGCAGAUUUAAUAAACCUGUAGCGAGUGCACAAGAUAAGCCAAUAAUAAGCCUUGGAGGAAAGCCUCUGAUUGGUCUUGAAAUGAUUAAGAAAACAACCACUCCCUCAACUACUACUACAACAAUACCAACAACAACUACCACGACAACUACCACAACCACUACAACAACUGUUGCUACAACCACCACCACCACCACUCCUGAGCCGACCACCACUGACCCACCCACUGAGAAACCCGCACCAACCUGUCCUCCAGGCACCUAUGGGCAGUAUGAUGAUGAAGGCAACUUGCUCCUGGGGUUUGAUGGCCUGCCAGAGUGCAAUGCAGAAGAUACAUUCUCAGGACUGGAUUCAGAUGUGACAGCAACUCCAGAAGCAUACGUGAUAUAUGAUGAUGACUACGAGUUUUUUGAGAGCACUUUGCCGCCGACCACCACCACUGUCACCACUACCACUGCUCCUACGACAACAGAAUUGGAGGUCAUCUAUCCAGAGACCAGUGUUGUUGGCACUGGCCCUGUGUCAGAAUAUGAUAUUGCUGGGAAGAAACGCUUCACAGCUCCUUAUGUGACCUAUCUCAAUAAGGAUCCAGCAGCCCCCUGCUCCUUGACAGAGGCCCUGGAGCAUUUCCAAGUGGAGAGCCUUGAUGAAAUCAUUCCCAAUGACUUCAGAGAGAAAGAUCAGCGUCCCCUGAAAGCCCCUCACAACAUCACAGUUGUGGCAGUUGAAGGCUGUCACUCCUUUGUCAUUGUGGACUGGGCCAAACCUGCUCAAGGAGACAUGGUAACAGGCUAUCUGGUUUAUAGUGCAUCCUAUGAUGACUUUUUAAAGAAUAAGUGGUCAACCAGGACUGCAGGGUCUACUCACUUGCCAAUUGAGAACCUGAAGCCAAACACACGGUAUUAUUUUAAAGUCCAAGCAAAGAAUCCCUUUGGUUAUGGACCUGUUAGCUCUUCAGUUUCAUUUAUCACAGAAUCUGACAAUCCUCUCCUCAUUGUCAGGCCACCUGGUGGUGAGCCUAUCUGGAUCCCAUUCACUUUUAAAUAUGACCCCACCUACUCAGACUGCACUGGCAAGCAGUACGUGAAACGAACUUGGUACCGCAAGUUUGUAGGAGUGGUUCUUUGCAACUCCUUAAGGUACAAAAUUUACCUCAGUGAUGACCUGAAAGAUACCUUCUACAGCAUUGGGGAUAGCUGGGGAAGGGGUGAGGACCACUGCCAAUUUGUGGAUUCACACCUGGAUGGAAGAACAGGACCUCAGUCGUACAUUGAAGCCCUGCCCACGAUCCGAGGGUAUUACCGCCAGUACCGCCAGGAGCCUGUAUCGUUUGGACGCAUUGGAUACACAACACCCUACUACUAUGUGGGCUGGUAUGAGUGUGGUGUGCCCAUCCCAGGGAAAUGGUAGCAGCCUGCUUUCCUGUCUUCGGUAGACCAUGCUUUUCAAAUAAUUUCUGCCAGAGGACUGUGAGCAACUGAUUUGGAAGAGGAAAAAAAAA